CAGCCGCCACUCAGCCGCGUCGCGUCGCGGUCGGAGUGCCCACACUCCCAUCCCAACUGUGGACUGCCACCGCCACCAGCGCCUGUCGCCACUCGCCACUCGCCAGUCGCCGGCCAGACACUAACAAGUAACACAGUGCUAGUGGCUGCUACGGAGGACACACGUCGGUAACGAGCGCGGGAAAGUACGUCGUGAUCGUAAACCGAGUGCUUUUUAUAAUUCAGUUGCCACUUGCCAGGUCGACGGACUGUCAACCAUGCAGAACUUUAUACGAUGCACAAUUCUCCUGUUCGCAGUAGGAGCAACAUGUGCAACACCAGCCUCGUCUCCGAGCGCUAAAAACCUGAUAGACAAGGACCCCACAACUCACCAACUGCUCUCGUCCCUCGGCCUCAAAAAGCUCGUGGUCCCGGCAGCGCACCAUAGGAAACGGCUCGCCGAGCAAGGAAGGAGGCACGCAACGGGUGACUCCAGGAUGUUUGUCAUCAAGCUCCCCCCGAACAUGAACUAUUACAGCCACAUAGAACCGUCACCAGCCGCUGCCAGAACCUUGCCCCUGCAGAUGACCAGCAAUGGAAAACCUGCUCGCGUUUAUCACUGGAAUCUCCCAGUUUUAAGUAAACUGGCAAAGAACCGGCCGCAAGCCAGGCUCAACGAUGACGUCAUCAACGUGGAGGGCACGCCAACAUGGACCAAAGGGCACCCAAACUCCAUAGAAGCCAUGGCGUAUUAUGUGCCAGCGAAGAAACCUUCAUUCAGGAAGUAUUACUCUGGCAAUGGCAAGCCGAAAUCUUUCUAUGUGUUAGAAAAAAACAAGAUGGCUGCGGAAUAUCACAAAUUACUGCCGUAAUUAUAGACUUCAUGCUGUUAAUACCGUACCUAAAUAAUAUCAGUGUAACAAUACAUUAUAUUUUAAAGCAAACAUAGCAAAAUAUAAAAGUGCGAAGUACGGAUGUUAUUGUAAAUUAUGUUUUAAUUUGAGGUUUCAUUUGUACCGCAAGCAAUAUUCAUUGAUACUUUAUAGACACAUCAGUUAUAUCAGCAAGAUUUUUUAAAUUAAACUUUAUAUUUACGAUUAUUAUUAUUAUUUAAUUAUGUUAACGUGUAUUGGUUUAAAUAACAAUAGCAUGUAUUUUUUAAACUGAGUGAGGCCGGAAGUAAUUGCUAUUUAUCCAAAUACUUAUUUGAUAUCGUUAUCCUGGACUAGGUGACUUUUAGUAAUAAAGGUCUUUGCUAAUUGUUGUUUGGUACCCGGCACAACUUAUGUAAAUAGUCACAACUUAAAUUAGGUGCUUUUAAUUGUUAAGAUUGCGAUACGAAUUUAACUAACGUUUUAACACUAAAACUCGACUCUACAUACGAUGUAGGUUAAGCUAACAUAGAAAGUACAUAAGUACCUUAAGUUGACACUUAGCAUUUACUUAAAUACUUAACCAUGCAUUUAUGAUUCUUAGAAAUAGAUUGAUGAGGCUAGAAAAACUAUUAACUCUUAUUAAUUCUGUAAUAGUAAUCAAGAAAUUAUUGAAAAAACUGUCGUAACUUUAUUAUUGGUUACUUCAAUUACUUUUAUUGGAAACUCAUUUUUAUAUUUUAAAUAUAAUAUAUAAUUUAACUUCCAUAACUUUUUUAUAUUCUAGGCAUGACUAUUAAUAAUAUAUAAUCAUGUAGGUACCUCUGUAUCAUACACAGGUAUUAUACUUGGUAAAUAAAUAAACUAAAGGUCUGAUAUGUAUUAUUCUAUUUAGUAAUUUAAUUUACAUGACAUAACAUGACUUUACAUGACUUAAUACAUGAAUAAGAGUUAUUUAACACCUAGAUCGCGUACAUUUUCAGUUUAUUUUUCUUAUAGUUUAAUCGAGCUUAUCAUUUAAUGUAAAAAAAUUCACGUUGUUUUAAUAUUUUAAUAGGUACUCGUCUUCUAUAAGAUUUAUAGUGUAAAAUAUAAAACGCACUUUUCUUUGAUAUAAGUACCUACAUAUUAUAUUUAUACUUAACUAUAUUUUGUACAACAUUUAA